AUGCUUUGGAUUUUUAUGUGAAUUUUUCGUUUAGAUGAAAAAUCAAAGUUUGUAGACUUUGUAAACUGGCUUGGGGAUUUUUUGAUGCCGAUUUUAGGAUACUUGGGCUUUAUUCCUUUUAUUUCAAUUUGUCUUAAUAUUUUUGUGUGCGAUAAGCCAAUAGGAAAUAGCUUUGCAGAUAGUUUUUAUCAUAUGACUGCUGUUAUUUUUACUGAAUAA